ACCCCCGCCUCCCACAAAACCCUAAAGCCGAACUUCGCCGAGAAUAGCUGAGUAGGAAGUGAGAGUUCGCCGCACUACAAUGGGCGCCUACACUUACGUUUCAGAACUAUGGAGGAAGAAGCAGUCCGAUGUGAUGAGGUUCUUACAGAGGGUGAGGUGCUGGGAGUACCGCCAGCUUCCAUCAAUAGUGCGUGUUACAAGGCCUACUCGUCCUGACAAGGCACGCCGCUUGGGUUACAAAGCCAAACAGGGCUAUGUGGUUUACCGUGUUCGUGUGAAGCGUGGUGGAAGGAAGAGGCCUGUAUCCAAGGGUAUUGUGUACGGUAAGCCUACCAACCAGGGAGUCACCCAGUUGAAGUUUCAGCGUAGUAAGCGAUCUGUUGCUGAGGAGCGUGCUGGUAGGAAAUUGGGUGGUCUUAAGGUCCUCAACUCUUACUGGAUUAAUGAGGAUUCAACAUAUAAAUACUUUGAAGUGAUCCUGAUUGAUGCAGCCCAUGCUGCUGUGAGGAAUGAUCCAAGAAUCAACUGGAUCUGCAACCCAGUGCACAAGCAUAGAGAGCUUCGUGGACUGACUUCAGCUGGGAAGAAAUACAGGGGUCUCCGAGGAAGAGGCCACUUGCACCACAAGGCAAGACCCUCCAGAAGGGCAACCUGGAAGAGGAACCAGACUUUGUCUCUACGCCGUUAUCGUUGAUCUGCUUAGAAUUUUUCAAGAGUUUCUUAUUGUAUUGUUCACGAUUGUAGACAUCCUUUUGUCCUUUUUUGAAAUCAAGUUUCUGCAGGAACUUGGUAGAACAGCUCAAUUUGCGCAAUGGAUAAUAUGAUGAUAGAUGAUAAUGUUAUACUGUUAUAUUUAUUUGGUUA